AGAAACCAAGUAACCAACAGAGAAGAACUUUCUCCUCAAAGGUGUUAUAGCAGAUAUUUCAAACUUAAAGAGUGAGAAGGCAAUAUAAUGUUGCAACAACUAUUAUUUUGGAUCAUUAUGAUUCCAUAUAGGAGUCUUCGCUUUUUGAAAACAUUCUGUUCGUGCAAAAGCAAACCCUAUCCACCAGGACCUAUUCGACUUCCUUUCAUAGGAAGCCUUUGGCGGCUUGGGAUUCAUUUGUCAGAGGCGACUUUCAGAAAGCUGGCAAAGCAAUAUGGAAACAUUUAUUCUCUGUGGGUAGGGAAUUACCAUGCUGUAAUCCUCUCGGGAUACAAAGCUGUGAAAGAAGGAUUGAUUGACAAUUCACAAGCCUUUAUUGAUCGUCCACCCACACCUUUUCUUUCAGCUGUUACCAAAAACAGAGGUAUUGCCUUCUCAAAUGGUCACGUCUGGAUGCAGCAAAGGCGCUUUGGUGUUGUUACUAUGAGGAAGCUGGGACUAGGGAAAAAGGGUUUGGAAACUCAAAUCCAAGCGGAAGCUCAGCAGCUGGUCGAAUUAUUUACAAGUACAAAAAGUCAGGCGUUUGAUCCAGCCAUACCCAUCACAAAUUCAAUCUGCAACGUUAUCUGUGCUGCAGUUUUUGGAAAUAGGUUUUCCACUGAUGACAAAGACUUUUUGGAGUUGAUAGAAGCGAUCAGGGUUUCCUUAAAAUUUGGAGCCACCGUAUCUCAUGGUCUCUAUGAAGUUUUCCCACAUAUCAUGAAAUAUCUGCCAGGUCGUCACCAGACCGUCAUAUCUGCUUGUAAGAGAAUUAUUUCAUUUGCGAGGAAGCAGGUUAAACAGCACAAGGAAAAUCAGAAUCUGCACGAGCCACAGGAUUUUAUUGAUUUCUAUUUGUUUCAAAUGGAAAAAAGCCAGGAUCAUCCCAGUUCUACCUAUAAUGAAGACAAUUUGAUUCAUUGCAUUUUUGACCUCUUUAUUGCUGGGACAGACACAACUUCAUCUUCGAUUAAAUGGGCAUUGCUGAUAAUGGCGAAUCAUCCGGAUGUCCAAGAUAAAGUCCACAAAGAGAUAAAAGAAGUUUUAGGUUCAUCUCAGUCAAUCUGUUACCAAGACCGGAAAAAAGUGCCCUACACCAAUGCUGUGAUUCAUGAGAUCAUACGAAGCAAAUAUAUCUUAUUAUUUGGCUUACCAAGAGAAUGUGUGAAGGAUGUCUAUCUGGGUAAUUUUCUCAUUCCCAAGGGAGCCAUUCUCACACCAGACCUGCGUUCUGUCCUCCUUGAUCCCGAACAUUGGGAGACACCUGAGGAGUUCAACCCCAAUCAUUUUUUGGACAAGGAAGGAAAUUUUGUGCCCAACGAUGCAUUUCUUCCUUUUGGAGCAGGAGCUCGGGUCUGUCUGGGGGAACUCUUUGCAAAGAUCGAGAUUUUCAUUGUGUUCACCAGUCUGCUGAGGGAAUUUAGGUUCCAGCCACCAGAAGGAGAGAAAAAACUCAGUCAAAAAACCAUAAUAGGGUUGACUGUUCACUCCGUGCCUUUCAAGAUUUGCGCUCUUCCACGUAUCAAUUCAUCAUAAUCGGGGCAAACAACAAUGGGGCUCCUUCAUACUGUCGCCUUCUAUUUCAAAUUCAUUUGCACAUGGUUCUCUUUCAAGGUUGGCUUUCUAGAGGUUGAGAGCAGGGGAGAAAUGCUCCCGGUUCGGACCGGAUUGUGCGAUCCAGUAGCGAUGGGAGCGGGUAGUUCGGAGAACCAGUAGCAAAAAUCCCUGCCCCACCACCACCACCCAUGCCUCGCUGUUCCUCUUCUCUGUCCCUGAAGCUCUCAGUGGUGAUAUAGCUGCAAAUGGCCUUAAAUGACUGCCAUGGCGCUUCAAAGGGCCGCAUUACAGCUGAUCAGCGCUGUAGGCAGCUAGUAGACCGGUGCCUCUAUUUUUAAAGAAGGUAGACCAGUGCCUCCCAAAAAAAGUCAAUUAGUAGACCGGUGCCUCUAUUUUUAAAGAAGGUAGACCAGUGCCUCCCAAAAAAAGGCAAUUAGUAGACCGGUGCCUCUAUUUUUAAAGAAGGUAGACCAGUGCCUCCCAAAAAAAGGCAAUUAGUAGAUCGGUGCCUCUAUUUUUAAAGAAGGUAGACCAGUGCCUCCCAAAAAAAAGGCAAUUAGUAGACUGGUGCCUCUAUUUUUAAAGAAGGUAGACCGGUGCGCUCCCAAGUUUUGCAUACUUUAUUGUUUUUAUUAUUUAUUAUUAUUGGCCAUGCCCAUUCAGUCACCUGAGCACCAAGCCUUGCCCACCAAUCAAGCCACACCCACAGAACCGGUAAGGAAAAUUUUUAGAUUUUACCCCUGGUUGAGAGCCACCUUCCAGCACACCUUGGUGGUGGUGUUUCUCAUUUUUGUACUCACUCUUGGCAAUAUAAACAUAGGUUUUACACCUUAGCUACAGGGGUGAAAUGCUCCCAGUUCAGACCGGAUCGCCCGAUCCGGUAGCGAUGGCGGUGAGUGGUUCGGAGAACCAGUAGCAAAAAUCUCCAUCCCCACCCACCCCGCCUAUGCCCAGCUGAGCCAUGCGAUCAUCAAAGGUUUGGGGUUUUUUUACUUUUAAAAGCAUUUUUUUUCUUUGGCUGAAAAAAUGCUUUUAAAAGUAAAAAAAGCCUCUGAUGAUCGUGCGGCUUAGCUGGGUUCAUCAGAACCUUUUAAAAGCAUUUUUUCUACAACUUCUUUGGCUGAAGAGGUUGUAAAAAAAAUGCUUUUAAAAAGCUCCUCUGGCGAUCCCAGCUGAGUUGCCUGAUCAUCAGAGGCUUUUAAAAGCAUUUUUCAGCCGAAGAGGUUGUAGAAAAAUGCUUUUAAAAAUAAAGGGGAAAAAAGUUGCCCACGCCCACCCAGUCACAUUAUCCCUACCCCCACCAAGCCACACCCACAGAACCGGUAGUAACAAAUUUUACAUUUCACCCCUGCUUGGCUGUCUGUAGUGCUACCUGACCAACGAGAAGGGGCUAAUGAGGAAAUUAAGCUGUGCCAAAUGGUCUCUUAGAUCAGGGGUGUCAAACUCGCGGCGUCACACUGUUGUCACAUAACGUAUAAUGACUUUUUCCCUCUUCGCUAAACUUGGAGUGGGGGUGGCCGGGUGCGUCAUGUGCUGGGCAUCCCCACUCCCAGUUUAGGGGGCCGUGAGUUGAACAUCCCUGUCUUAGAGCAAGGGUUGAAGGGAUAUUGGAAAAAACAAAUCGGAAUUGUAAACUAGUUUAUAUGCUGCCACAAUGACCCGUAAGGCAGGGCUGUCAAACUCGCGGCCCAAGGGCGGAAUGCAUCACUUGUUGGUCACGCCUCCCCACCCAAUUUAGUCCCGAUACAUCAUGAUGAUGACGUGAAUUUUACACCCCUGCCAUAAGGCAAUCUCAGCCGACUAAUAAAUUAUGAGAUUAAGUAAAUUGAAGGAAGGGACAUGGUGGCUCAGGGGCUAGGACAUUGAACUUGUCGAUCGAAAGGUCGGCAGCUCAGCGGUUCGAAUCCCUAGUGCUGCCGUGUAACGGGGUGCUUGUUACUUGUCCCAGCUUCUGCCAACCUAGCAGUUUCGAAAGCAUGUAAAAAUGCAAGUAGAAAAAAUAGGGACCACCUUUGGUGGGAAGGUAACAGCAUUCCGUGCGCCUUCGGCGUGGAGUCAUGCCAGCCACAUGACCACGGAGACGUCUUUGGACAGCGCUGGUGCUUCAGCUUAGAAACGGAGAUGAGCACCGCCCCCUAGAGUCAGGAACAACUACCACGUAUGUGCUAGGGGAACCUUUACCUUUAAGUUGAAGGAAUGAGAAUCGUUCCUAAGUUGUUAUCAGUUUCAAGAAGUUCUACCUUGUUUUGAAUGGGUUUCAGGUGUGAAAUUAUAAAUACACAACUUGUACAGUCAGGCAUACUCUACAUCAGUGAUGGCUAACCUUUUUGGUGCCGAGUGCCCAAAGCGCACACACACACACAUGCAAAUGCAUGUGCCCGAACCCCCAAAAUGCGAUGAGAGAGCCCACACACACAUUCACAUGCGCCCCCUUUCAGGCAUGCACAGCCCCAAACAUGCGGCCCAUGCCCCCCCAUGCCCCGUUUUGGCUUCCAGGGUGGUGCAAGAGGCUUUCCAGGCACCAGGGGGGGCGUGCAUGCGAACCCCCAAAAUGCAAUGCGAGGCAGAGACCCGAAGAUCAGCUGGCUGGAGGGAGGCACGUGUGCAUGUGUGGUAGACCUGCACUGGGGCAAUGGCUGGUGUGUCUGCAGAGAGGGCUCUGCGUGGCACCUGUGGCACUCAUGCUAUAGGUUCGCCAUCACGGCCCUCCAUUAUAUUCCCUUUGAAGCUGAGCCAUAUUCCAAAAUGUGCACAAAAACGUGGACAGUAGUAAGGCAAAGAAAACAGAAAGAGUAGGUGAAAGGAAAGAAAACCAAAUUCAAUCUAGUUUACAUCAAUAUGCUUUUCCUGUUCCUGCCAUUCAUUUUGGCUUGUACCACCACAUUCAUCCCCUCUUGUUUUUUUUUUCAACUUCUGACUGUCACUUUGAGGGUCUCAUUAACCCAACGGAAGCACAACUUCUUUGAUUUUCUCCUUCCUCUCAACUCGUUCAAUCUCCCUUCGCAUAUUUGUGUCAUUUUGAGAUUGCCUUAGUGCAGUGGUUCUCAACCUUUAUAGUGCUGCGACCCCUUUAAUACAAUUCCCCACGAUGUGGUGACCCCUUUAAUACAAUUCCCCACGAUGUGGCAACCCCUUUAAUACAAUUCCCCACGAUGUGGUGACCCCUUUAAUACAAUUCCCCACAAUGUGGCGACCCCAACCGUAAAAUUAUUUUCGUUUUGAAUUUAUCACGCCUGAAGCCGUCUUGGCUAGCGAUCUGAACUGCUUGCAAUUGCCUUGAGGACGGAGGCAUUAAAGCGGAGACUCCUCCCCUAUUAAGUUUAUGGCGCCUGAAGCCAGAUUAGGCUAGCGAUUGGGAGGGAUUGCAGCUGGCUUGAGAGGGAGACAUCAGAGCAAAGAUUUCUCUCUUUUUUUAAUUCAUCGCGCCUGAAGCCGAAUUCAGCUAGCAAUUUGAAGAGCCUGAAGCUGGCUUGUGGAGUCAACCAUUGGAGCGCGAUUCUUCGACUCGCAAGUAUACUUCCCAUAUUUCCGAUGGUCUUAGGCAACCCCUGACAAAUCGUCAUUCGACCCCCAACGGGGUCGCAACCCACAGGUUGAGAACCGCUGCCUUAGUGCAUUCCUAAUGCUGCUCUCAGGAUAGAAUCUGGAACCGCCUCUGUAGAGUUUAGUCCUAACCUCAUUUCUGAUGUUCUAUGUCUCCUCUGAUGCUGGUUUGAUGACACUGCGCCAGUGAAGAGAAAUGUUCUGUCUGACAUUGAAAUCUUGGGUUGGAGUUCUUCAAAGAGACAGAAAUGUGACCUCCUGCUAUGUCAUGGACUUAGAGCCAAGCUCCGAAAAGCAAUAUAAAACUUCUCAGCCUAAGAGUUCUGCAAAGUAGAAUGCAAGAUGUUGACUCUGCAAGCAAGCUCAGGGUCUCAUUAUUAGCAACAGCUGAGCAGGCAAAGCCUCACAUGUGCCUGUUAAGAAUUAAGAUUUAAACGGCCUUUCAUUGCUGGUAUGGUUACUACUUCAGUGGGAAGGUAAGCAGCACUCCAUGAUGUCCUGCUGGCCAAAUGACCGCAGAAAUGUCUUUGGACAGUGCUGGCUCAAUGACCUUGAAACAGUGAUGGUUGGAAAAAAUGACCAAAAAAUACAUAGAUUUUAAGCCAGAAGUCUUUUUAUUGGGGAUCAUACCAGAAAUAUAUAGUAGAGAAUUGAGAUAUCUGAUGGUGAAUAUUAUAACAGCAGCUAGGAUUGUGUUUGCUAAAAAUUGGAAAAAUGAGAAAAUACCUUUGCAAGACGAAAUUAUUAGGAAAAUAAUGGAAUGUGCAGAAAUGAGUAAAUUGACAUUUGAAAUUAGAAAGCAGGAAGAAAAGCAAUGUUAUAAGAUAUGGGACUCAUUUUAUCAAUGGCUAGAAGGAAAGAUACGUUAGAAAAGAUCUGAGAAAGACUUAAGCAGAAUAUUAAAUUGAAUGGUUCUAGAACGAUGGAAUGAAUGAUGUUAUCAGAUAAAAUAUUAUAUUUAUAUGGAAUGAGAGAAUGAAAGGUUAUAGCCAUUGGUUAACUAAAGGGUCAGAUAUUAGAUGGAGGUAAUGCAAUACCAAAUGAAGUAAGGAUAUUUUUAUCUUGAAAAUGCACGAGAGAUACGUAACCACCCUACCGAGACACAGUAAUUGGAUUGAAGAUGCUUUUAUGUUUGUUUGUCUUGUUAAAAAAAAAUAAAAAACCUUUUGCAAAAGAAAAGAAAGAAAAGAAAGAACUAGAGAUGAGCACCACCCCCUAUAGUCAGCAACGACAAUCGAGUAAAAUAACCGGGGACCCCUUUAGCUUUCUUAUCAUUGGUGGGAGCAACAUUUGCAGCUGGCUUUGAGAAUACCUAUUCUUGUUCCUUCCUUUGUCUGACUUCAGCCAGCAUGCUCUGUCUUGUUUCUUGGGGGUUUUUUUUUCAAUUUAUUGUGUGGAAAUUUGAUUACAGGCUGUCUAUUCCAAUUACACCUCCUCAGCAGCUAAUCAGCUGUCAUGUACAUAUCUGAGGGUUUUUUUUCUACUGCUUUCAUAAAUCCUCUUCUGUUGCCUUCCUCCAUCGAUCUGCAGCUCUCUCUCCAGACCUUUCUCCUGAAGUUUACAAGCUGCUGCAAAUAUACAUAUGUUGAAAUUCAUGAAUGUUGAAAUUCAACAGUGAAAAAAGUAAGGUUCUACAUUUAGGCAAAAAAACCAAAAUGCACAGGUACCGUAUAUGUGGUACCUUGCUCAAUAGUAGUACCUGUGAGAGGGAUCUUGGAGUCCUAGUGGAUAACCAUUUAGAUAUGAGCCAGCAGUGUGCAGCAACUGCUAAAAAAGCCAACACAGUUCUGGGCUGCAUAAACAGAGGGAUAGAAUCAAGAUCACGUGAAGUGUUAAUACCACCUUAUAAUGCCUUGGUAAGGCCACACUUGGAAUAUUGCAACCAGUUUUGGUCGCCAUGAUGUAAAAAAGAUGUGGAGACUCUAGAAAGAGUGCAGAGAAGAGCAACAAAGAUGAUUAGGGGACUGGAGGCUAAAACAUAUGAAGAACAGUUGCAGGAACUUGUUAUGUCUAGUUUAAUGAAGAGAAGGACUAGGGGAGACAUGAUAGCAGUCUUCCAAUAUCUCAGGGAUUGCCACAAAGAAGAGGGAGUCAAGCUAUUCUCCAAAGCACCUGAGGGUAGAACAAGAAGCAAUGGGUGGAAACUGAUCAAGGAGAGAAGCAACUUAGAACUAAGGAGGAAUUUCUUGACAAUUAGAACAAUUGAUAAGUGGAACAACUUGCCUGCAGAAGUUGUGAAUGCUCCAACACUGGAAAUUUUUAAGAAAAUGUUGGAUAGCCAUUUGUCUGAAAUGGUGUAGGGUUUCCUGUCUCGGCAGGAGGUUGGACUAGAAGACCUCCAAGGUCCCUUCCAACUCUGUUAUUAUGUUAUGUUAUAUUGCCUCCAGCUCCUCUGCUCCUUUCCCAGCACCUCUAAAAACCUUGUCUCAAACACCUGAGUAUGCCGGCUGUUUGCUGGCUAACUGCACAAAUGUUUACUCCCUUCACUGAAGCCAGGACAUAAAAUGCUGUUUGUGGUGGAAAACAUAAUAAACCAUUGGCACUGGCAAAAAUCUAGUCUUGCAGUUCUUAAGACAUCCUAGUCUCUUCUAGGACUUGUCUUCUACUGUGAUGGAGGAGAGAGUUGCAUGAGUACCAGGAGUGAAAUGCUACUGGUUCAGACCGGUUCACUCGAACCAGUAGUAAUAAAUGCUACCAGUUCGGGCGUACCGGUAGUACAAAAAAAUGCUACCGGUUCAAGCAAACCGGUAUUUCCGAUGAACAGCUGUGCCGCAUGACUUAUAUUCACUUUCCUGCUUUCUAGCGAAUCUAAAUCGUGCGGCACAGCUGUUUCCCCCCCUCACUGUUCUACUUACAAGAAAAGGCUUUUUAAUCCUCCUUUUUCAGUGCUGCACAGUAGCGCCUGCAGUGCACAUGUGCACAAAGAGUGUGUUUGGUGCACACUAUGCAUGCGCAUGCAAAGCAAACUGGUAGCAAAGCAAACCGGUAGCAGACUUCAGAGCAUUUCACCCCGAUGAGUACCUGUUCAAAUGGGAUGGCUGAAAGAGUGGAUUAUGUGCAGUUGUAUUGCCAAUUUUACAGAGAUGGUCAUUCUGUUUUUUUUAUUACUGCUGCUUAACAAUAUUAUCAUUUUUUUUAAAAAAAAGUAUGGCUUAUAAUAAGGAUCUGGUGUUUCAGUUUGUAUGAUCAAUUUUAGGGAAACGUUUAUUUUAUUAUUUAUUUAUUUAUUUAUUAGAUUUUUAUACCGCCCUUCUCCCGAAGGACUCAGGGCGGUGCACAGCCAAGUAAAAAUAACAAGCACGUAGACAAAAUUAAAAAGCAUAUUAAAAAACUGAUUAAAACGGCCAGUUAAAAUUAAAACUAAAGUAAAAUAAUCCUAAAACCCCACUUAAAAUUUCCUCAAGCUAGCCCCGCACGGUGGAAUAAGAAACUUACUUUUUUGUCAUUUGGAAGAAAGUUUGAAAAAAAAAACCUGUGGCAUGCAUGUCAUAGGUUCGCCAUCACGAUUUAGCCUCUUUAAGCUGCCUUGAGUCACCAUACGCGAGUGGGCGGCCAUAUACAUUUUCUAAAUAAAGAAAGAAAUUGUGGUCAAGGACUGCCUGUAACCAUCCUACAGAAUGCCAAAUGCUCAGUCUACCAGCAAAUGCUCAGUCUUACAUAUUGGGAAAAAGAACCCUAACAAUAAGUACAAGCUCGAUGGACAUUACCUUACAGAUGACCCCCACCCUGUUAAAGACCUUGGAGUUUUCAUAUCCAAUGAUCUAAGUGCCAAAGCCCACUGCAACUACAUCGCAAAAAAGGCUUUAAGAGUUGUAAACCUAAUCUUAGGUAGCUUCUUCUCCAGAAACACUACACUACUUAACAGAGCUUAUAAAACAUUUGCUAGACCUAUUCUUGAAUACAGCUCGCCUCUCUGGAACCCUCACCGUAUCUCUGACAUCAAUACAAUUGAACGUGUCCAGAAAUAUUUUACAAGAAGAGUUCUCCAUUCCUCUGAAAACAACAAAAUACCUUAUACCACCAGACUUGAAAUCCUGGGUUUAGAAAACUUAGAACUCCACGGACUCUGACAAGACCUGUGUUUAACAUCUAUUGCAAUGUCCUUCCUGUUAAAGACUACUUCAACUUCAAUCGCAACAAUACAAGAGCAAACAAUAGAUUCAAACUUAAUGUUAACCGCUUCAAUCUUGAUUGCAGAAAAUAUGACUUCUGUAACAGAGUUGUUAACGCUUGGAACACACAACCUGACUCUGUGGUCUCUUCUCAAAAUCCCCAAAGCUUAAACCAAAAAACUGUCUACUAUUGACCUCACCCCAUUCCUAAAAGGACUAUAAGGGGCGUGCAUAAGAGCACAAACGUGCCUACCGUUCCUGUCCUAUUGUUCCCUUUCAUUAUAUCAAAUUAAUUUAGUUGUUGCAUACUUUUGCUUAUAUAUAUGUUUAUAUGAUGUGUUGUUGUUUUAUGUCAAUGUUGCGAAUACUGUUGU